AUGUCAAAACCUACUACACCUCCAGAAAACUCGAUCGACUUAACUAAUGAUCGUACUACAACCACUACCUCUACUACCACCAGUUCUCAAAAUUAUUAUAAUAAAAGAAAAAGACCUAUUGAAUAUAUAGAAGACGACAUUAUUGAUAUCGAACAAGAAAUAAACCAAUUAAAAAAAACCCUGAAAAAUGAAUUAAUCGAAGCAAAAGAAGUACUAAGAGCAAAACGAUUAAGAAAAAAAUUAAAACAAUAUAAUUUAGAAUCAUAA